AUGUCAGCAGGGGUGGGCACGUUCCGCCAGGUCUCCGAGGAGGAGGGCAGGCUGCGAGCCCGGCUGGAACGGCUGACUCCCCGGGACCACGGGCCGGUCUUCGGCGAGGGCUGGCAAGUGCCCCCUCACACCAGGCAGAAGGCCAAGGACGAGCUGAACGAGACGGAAGAGUCCCGGGCCGAGGCGGUGCGGAAGCUGCAGGAGCUGGUGCGGGAGCGGGCCGGCGGGGAGCAGGACAUGGGCCGGGAGGUGGCGGAGAAGGUUCGGGACAAGGACGGUGCCUUUUUCCUCCGCUUCAUCCGCGCCCGCAAGUUUGACGUCGGCCGGGCCUACGAGCUGCUCACAGGCUACGUGAACUUCAGGAAGCAGUACCCCGAGCUCUUCGACAACCUGACCCCCGAGGCGGUGCGCAGCACCAUCGAGGCCGGCUACCCCGGAGUCCUGCCUGACCGAGACAAGCACGGCCGGGUCGUGCUGCUCUUCAAUAUCGAGAACUGGGACUGUGAGGACAUCACCUUUGAUGAGAUUCUGCGGGCGUACUGCGUCCUUCUGGAAAGGCUGUUGGACAGUGAGGAGACCCAGAUUAACGGCUUCUGCAUCGUCGAGAACUUCAAGGGCUUCACCAUGCAGCAGGCGGCCGGCAUCAGACCCUCAGAGCUGAGGAAGAUGGUAGAUAUGCUCCAGGACUCGUUCCCGGCCCGGUUCAAAGCCAUCCACUUCAUCCACCAGCCGUGGUACUUCACCACUACCUACAGCGUGGUCAAGCCCUUCCUGAAGAACAAAUUGUUGGAGCGGGUUUUCAUCCAUGGAGACGAGCUGGGAGAUUUCUUCCAGGAGAUCGAUGCGGACAUUCUGCCGGCCGACUUCGGCGGGAGCCGGCCCAAGUACGACGGGAGAGUCACGGCCGAGCUGCUCUUCGGCCCCCACCCCGAGGCCGAGGACACGGCCCUCUGACAAGGCUCCCCCUCACACCCUGACCCCCUCCCUUGCCACACCUCUCCUGUCCCCAGCCCCGCCCCGGCUCCUGGAGUUUCAGCUUCGUCACCAUCCUCCUGGCACCAGGGGUGGGGUCUGGGCCGGGGUCCCCUCAAAUACCCCAAGCUGGCAGUCCCAAAGCUGCUCUGGGAAACCCCGAAGUUGGGUAAGGGAAUGUUCCCCCGGGUCGGACUGGUGUGGUUUCUAAAUUCCCACACAUUGGAUAAGCAUUCGGGCACGAAAUGCAAGCUGAAGCAGGAGCUGGGACGGGAGGGGCCGGGGUAGGGG